AGCUAUAUAAGGUCGAUCACCGAAGGUCUAGCAGCACACAACGUCUUCGACCGUCAGAGCAGCCAGAGCUCAAAGAACUCAGCUUACACCAAAAAUACGAGAAGAACAAAAAGAAACACACAACAUGUCUUCGCUACAAAUGUCCGAGAUGUCCAAGACCUAUCAGUACCGCAAGGUGAUGAAGCCCAUGCUGGAGAGGAAGCGUCGUGCCAGAAUCAACAAGUGCCUGGACGAGCUGAAGGAUCUUAUGGUAGCCACCUUGGAGUCCGAGGGCGAGCACGUCACCCGGCUGGAGAAGGCCGACAUCCUGGAACUUACCGUCACCCACUUGCAAAAGAUGAAGCAGCAGCGCCAGCACAAGCGGGCUUCCGGCGAUGAGAGCUUGACUCCGGCGGAAGGCUUCCGUUCCGGCUACAUCCAUGCCGUCAAUGAGGUCUCCCGUUCACUCUCCCAACUGCCCGGCAUGAAUGUCAGCCUGGGCACACAGCUAAUGACCCACCUGGGACAGCGCCUCAAUCAGAUCCAGCCAGCAGAAAAGGAAGUCUUGCCCGUGACCGCUCCACUCUCCGUGCACAUUGCCAAUCGGGAUGCCUACUCCGUGCCCAUUUCGCCAAUCUCCAGCUACGCCGGCAGUCCCAACUCCAAUACCAGUUCGACCAGUCACUCCCUUUUGACCACCAUCGAUGUGACCAAGAUGGAGGACGACAGCGAGGACGAGGAGAACGUCUGGCGUCCCUGGUAGAGGGGAUUACUUCAUCCCACUACAGAAAAGAACCAAGGAGAGAUCAUAGAAAGUAAAAGUCUUCCGGGUCAUUGGAUUUCCCCCAGUGUACUUCACCCUAGUUAUAAGUAAACAACAUACCACC